AGAGAGAGAGAGAGAAUAUUUGUGUGUGUCAAAUAUACCCUUGUUGAAUUAGUAUAGAUAUAGAUACAGAAGAAAUGAAAAAAUGAGGCCAUGUUCAAGAUUCCUUUUUUAUUAUUUCUCUUAGCUCCCAGUUCUUCUGCAACUUGGAAAAAAAUCAGAUCUUUGCUUUAAAUUUGUGGGGUUUGGCCUUCUUAAGUAAUUCAUAUAAUCAAAUCAUUGCAAUGGGGGUGGCUGCAGAUUCUCAGUUUCAUGUUCUUGCUGUUGAUGAUAGCUUGAUUGACAGAAAACUCAUUGAGAGGUUGCUCAAGAUCUCUUCUUUCCAAGUUACUACAGUUGAUUCUGGUAGCAAAGCUCUGGAAUUUCUUGGGUGGAGGCAUGAUGAAGAUGGUGAGAGGAAACACAGCUCUAAUCAGACUUCUGUGGAAGUUAAUCUUGUUAUUACAGACUAUUGUAUGCCUGGGAUGACUGGCUAUGAUUUGCUCAAGAAAAUGAAGGAAUGUUCAUAUCUGAAAAACAUACCAGUGGUGAUCAUGUCAUCUGAGAAUGUGCAAUCAAGAAUCACCAGAUGUUUGGAAGAAGGAGCAGAGGAAUUUUUCCUGAAGCCAGUGAGAUUAACAGAUGUGAAUAAACUGAAGCCACAUAUGAUUAUGAUGAUGAAAAACAAGAAUCAUUUUCAAGAAAAUCAAGAACAUGAUUUUAAAGUUGAGCAAUCAGAUUCUGAUUUAAUCAGAUUACCGACAGAAGAACAAUCUCUGCAGCAACACAACAGCAAUAAUAAUAAUAAUAAGAGGAAAUCAAUGGAUGAUGGUCUUCCACUAGACAGAGCUAGGCCCAGAUACAAUGGUGCUCUUACUGUUUUGUCCAAUUAAUGCCUGACACGUCAUCCUUUUUUUUUUUUGAGUAGUUAGUACAAGGAGAAAAUGUAUAUGUAUAUAUAUAUAUGAGGUGUUUGAUUUUCUAUAAUGGCAUUUGGGCAUAUUUAUAUUUGGUAUUCAAUGUUGAUAUGCAUAUUUGGCUCUAGCUCGAGCUCGAUUAGAAGC